AUGGCCGUUUGCGACGAGAAUACCAAAGACCUUCUUGAGCUGGACAGGGUUUCUGCAACAAUCGUUCCUUCACCGGCCGUCUCGCCUGCAAACAAGCGUUCUUUUGAAGAUUCCUGCACGUCGAAAGAUGUGGCAUUUGUUCUGUUCUCAUCGGGAAGCACCGGCGUUCCCAAAGGCAUGCUGAGAGAGCAUGGAACUGCAUGUACAGGAUCUUAUGCACAUGCUCGAGCAAUGCACCUGGACAGUACCAGCCGCGUUCUGCAGUUUGCCAACCAUGUCUUUGACGUCGCAAUGCUCGACUUCUUUACGACGCUUCUCAUGGGAGGCUGUGUAUGCAUCCCUUCCGACUUGGAUCGCAAGAACGAUGUAGCAGGAUUCGUCAAUCGCUCCCAAGCCAAUUGGGCCCUCCUUACUCCUACCGUAGCCGAACUUCUCGAUCCGUGCACUGUUCCGAGUUUCAGGUUCGUGACUCUGGGCGGGGAGUCCAUCAAACCUGCGACUUUGGAGAAAUGGCUGAAGGUUUGCCGGGUAGGUAUCAACUACGGAUCUGCGGAGGUGGAUGUCACGCACGUCCGAGAUGUGUUUGACGCUUCAAAUCCUUCCAAUGUAGGCCUACGCUUACCAAGCUGCUUGGCAUACAUAGUGGACUCAGAGAAUGCCGCCAACGUACUGCCGGUAGGAGCAGUUGGGGAGCUGGUUAUAGCCGGAUCAACAAUGGCCCGCGAGUAUCUAAAUGCUCCUGAAAAGACGGCACAAGUGUUUAUAAGCACACCCCAGAGGUGGUUCACUCGAGGUUUCGUCGAAGAAAGCAGUGCGCUGGUGUCUCGCUUAUACCGCAUGGGUGACCUCUGUCGGCAAAGACAUGACGGCUCGUUUGACUUCGUAGGCCGCAAGGACUUCCAAGUGAAAGUGAAUAGUAAGUCCACCGAUGUGCGCUUAGUCGAGCGUUGUCGUUGACCACUCAUGCUCAGGUCAAAAGGUCGAGCUUGGAGACAUCGAAAGCAGACUCUGCCAGCAUGCCGCAGUCAAGCAAUGCAUAGUCUUGUAUCCGCUGCAAGGCCCAUACUCAAGACGCCUCGUGGCGGUCGUCCAGUCGCACGGCGAGUGCUCGCAUCGAACGCGGCACGAUCGAGCCGCAAAGGAGGCUGUAUCGGUGCUCAGCUUCCGUUCCAUGACCGACUUUCUGUCUCGCAAGCUGCCAUCGUUCAUGCUUCCGAGCGUUCUGAUCAGGCUGAAAACCAUGCCUUACACGCCAACCAUGAAGAUUGAUCGCAAUCGGCUCAAAGUGUGGCUGAUGGAGGACGAUGUCGGGGGUGAAAGUGCAGGGGCAGGGCCAGGGGAGAUAUGUCACAUAUCUACUGCCCUCGACGGCUCGGCACUCUUUGCGGAGGAGUUGACAGCAAUGAGGCUGUCAUGCAUCGUUGCGGAUGUCGUCGCUGACAGAGCCUCAGGCAUAUGGGCGUCUGUGCAUGGGCAUGACAACCGUCUUGUCGACAUUGGCAUCGACUCGGCGCAGACGAUGCAACUUGCUUCCAAGAUUCACCAGGAGUUUGGAGCCAAGGUUCUCGUCGAGGUGCUGGCCGAUCCGGACAUGACAGUCCGCAAACUGGC